AUGGAAUUUAUUUUCUUCUUGGUCACUGCUCUGUUCAUCGCUACUAUCUGCGUAGUUACUACAUUGCGUACGGAGCAAUACUUUCCGCCUGAACCGGUAGGCCAAAAGGCUUCCUACCGGAAAUACAAGGGAAAGAUCAGUUUUCGCAUGCAGGGCAACACAAACAACUCUAUGAAUGCGUAUGUACCUGGCAAGUUGGGCAAUGGAAACUCAACGCGGCAUCGUCGAGGCAGAAGAAGCACAACAUUCCUGACUACCAACAUCUCUGAUGAUGAUGAAAUCCCAUCCACGUCAUUACCCCUCCUGUUCGAUCAUCCGGAAGAGAAAUGGCAGAUGCAUAGCGAAAUCUCAAAUACUUUAAUCGGUAGUAUCGUAAAAGCUCAUGCGAAGAUCAGCGAUGUCUUGGCAAAGCCGUGUCCAGCCUGGGAGAACUCAUCAAAGAGAUGGGAGAAACUGCAGCAAGAGUUCACGUCGAAUCAGGGCGCCGAUGUCCUAAGAACCGAGUAUCUCGAGGUGAAAUCUCUUGAUUCUAUGAUGAUAGGCAGUAUCAUCUCGGGGCUAGAAGCAAAACCGCUGACAAAUACAAAGGCACACAAGGCCAUGCACGAUGCUGCAGAGGCAUUACGAUCCCAUUGCUCCGUUUUGAAGAGCUGGAACGAAGCUGUCUACACUGAGGUCCUCAGCACACUUGUCAGCACCGUUUUUCUUGCUGGCGUCAUCAUGGACACAAGCGGCGAAGAGGCGCCGGAGUACCUGAAUGAUAUUCCGUGGAAGACGGUGCGCAAGAUGUAUGAGGUCGGGAAUAUGGGGACGCGCGGAGCUUACAUAAAAUGGAACGAGGAUGAAACAGCAAGUCAAUCUUGCGGGUGUCCUGCAGCGGAAGCAGAGUCCGUGCAAGACCUGAGAACUCGAGGCGAGGUAUCAUGA